AUGUUGGCACUCAGUCUCUAUACUCAAACAGGGUCGAUUGAUACUCAGAAACAAAUUGCAGAAACAACAAGAGAAUCAUUAGGCUUAUUCCCGGAGAGUCGCAAUCCAUCUAUCGAAAUGAACUUGCAGUGCAUUCGCCUGCUUGGGACUGGCAAGAUGACAAAGCGUACUGCAUCAAAGUUUAUCAAGGCAUACAAGGUCGCAACAGAAGACAUCGAAUCGGUUUUUCUAAAAGUGAGCCGAAGCUUGGAUGCUCAGCUAACACGCACCUUGCUCCGAAGACUAGAGAACACUGUUGCUGUAACGACUACAGAUACGAUCCGGAGAAAUCGCAACUACCUUGAGAAAGACGUUCAGAUUAUGAAGAACAUGUUGCAAGCUCUAACAGUCCACGCUAACACUGUUGCCCCUGCAUCUGACGACAACGGAAACCGCCCUGAUUCUAGCAUGGAUACAGAGACGGAUGACCCCGGCUCACGUUCCGACCCAAAGAUCACCUCUUCUGACGAUGAGAUAGAUUCUGAGCCUCCUAAGUUUUAG